CUCACCGAACCAUAAUAAUAUCAACCAAGAGUCAGCUUGCAAUAGAGAUAGUCGUUCACUGAAAAUGUUAAAUUAUUGUGUGAUGGAGUUGGAGGACAAGCGCUCGUAACAUUUAUUUUGUGAUCAUUUGUUUUAAGACAAAAACGAAUGGAAUAUGUAUCCACCAUGCAACCGAAUAUCUUUUUCAACGUUUUCUAAAGAAGUAACCUGAUAAAAAUGGCGACUAUGACGUACAACGUUACCAACGCAAACAACGAAACGCCAAUCUCUGGUCCUUAUGAUGACAUCAGUAACGACGCUUACGACUUCGGCGUCAUUCACGAUUUUAAACAACUGGACGAGCUGGCAAAGGUCUUUGACGACGUGAAUAUUACGGGUGCCAUUGGGUUUUCCAUCAUUGGCAUCGGGAUAUUUCUUACCAUCGCCGACAAAAGGCUUCGCGAAAUACCUCAGAUGUGGCAUCUGUUUCAAAUAAUGUUACUUUCUGUUCUGAUGGGAAGCAUUCUGCACCCGUUGGGACAUUUUGGAAUGAUUUUGUUUGACAACGGUCUGUGCGAAUUCGUGAUGUACUCGGCAGAAUACAUGAGUUUUGCGUCGCCAUUGCUGAUGGUGGUAUUUCACGUGGAGGUUCUUUUCGCCAAAGCAAUCCCGCUAUCUCGUUGGCAGACCAGUGAAUUCUCGAGAUUUUGUAUUCUUAGUCUUACAUGUUGGCUCUGCGCCAGUCUCCUAGUGUCCCAUGUGGUUCUUACGUUCAACACUAAGGAGACAUUCUGCUUGCACAUACCGUUCGAAGCCGCGUGGAACACGAAAUUCGCACUACGAGAGGUUUUGCCGAUGGUCAUAUGCGCUCUGUGUAACACGUUGAUGAUCGCUGUCAGUUGCUUUAAGACGUUUAGACGAAACCUGCGAACUGAAUCGUACGGACUGCACCAGGUACGAUUCGAAGGUACAGGCGACGUUUCAGAGUGGAUGAGAUGUUGUCUGAUCCUCAACGUCAUUUUACUAAUACGCCUCGUCGCAUUGGCUGUCUUACUGAAAGACACAAACUUAUUCACACCGGAUAAAUAUAAGGUGGCGUUUUUGCUUCAUGUUUUCCACGCGCAGUCUUUCUACCUCGUGCCAAUGUGCGGACUUUUUAUAUCCGGAGUGCGCCGUAGCAUAGCGGACGUGUUGUGGAAGAUUGUUGGCGUUUUUCGCGUUGCAAAGGCAGAUGAUUAAUUGGCCGUCAGCUUUGCUAACAUCUCUGAAACUGCGUAGUGUACGUUUAAACAUUUUUGGAAGAUGCGUGCUGCAUUUUUACAGAUUCGCUCUAAUGAUGCGAAGUGUAUUUAUUGGACAAAUUUUGCAUAAUUUUCAGAGAAUAAGCUUGACAGAUUUAUAUCAAUUUGAAAUGCACUCUGUGGGACAAGCACAAUAAUCGGUCUAUUGUUAACGUGUAUCAACAUAAAUGUGUUUUCUAAGUUUGUAAGAGUUUUGUUCAUUUGAGGCACUUUUUAUCUCUUUAUAAGAGAAUAUUAAUUCACCGUUCGGAUAUUAACUUUUGUGCGAAAAGUUGGCUAAAUGAUUUAAAAACAUUAAGUGUUCAUUGAAUCAACGUUCUAAUCCUAUAUGUUGAUUAUGAUUUGUUUGCCAUUGAUUUAGCACAUAUUUAACAGUAUGUAAUGUACGUUUUGCCAGAUUCCGUAUUGUAGUUUGCUGUAUAUAUUAUUUAAAGAGUAUGUAGACUACAUUUUUCUCGAACCAACGGGUGAGAAAAGUAUCUGCAUGACGUCUCUUUAAGACCCUCUUUAUACCAAUAAUUAUUAUUAUUAUCAUGCACAUAAACUAUAAAUUAUUUUGAAUAAUCGUUUGUAAAGAGUGUAUUAGAAUUUAAGUUUGAAAGCUCUUCGUUCAAGCAUAACGUGUGAUUUACCGUACGGUAAGUAGCAAACGCAGUGUACAGCUUUGAUUCAGUGGAGGCGACUGAAUGUAUGGCGUGCAUGGAAACAAUACGAUAAAUAAUCACCGAUGUUUAUUGUUUAUCUGAUUUGUAUGAUAUUUUUUGGUUUUGUCAACUUAAUUUCCUUUCUAAAGGUUUUUGCAUAUUGAUUUUAUGUUUGUAGACUUUGACGUUAACACUGAUAUUGCACAUUUACUGUAGUGUUAUGGUAAACUCAUUACAUAUCUUUAAGUUGGAAGUAUAAUGUUUAUAAAGUUUGUCAUUGUACAUUUUAGGUGACGAAUUUAUAUAAUAAUACAAUUUUAAG